UGCUUGGUGUCACCCACGCAAGCUGCAAACAUGCUCCUCUUUUCCUUUUAGAGACUUCUCCAGGAGUUGCUGAGGUGACGUUUGUGGAAAAGGAGCCAGCUGAACGCCACGCAAUCAUUUCAUGGGAGCAAAAAAACUCCUGCAUAUUGCCAGAGGAUUUAAAGAACUUCUAUCUGAUGACCGAUGGCUUCCAGAUAACCUGGAGUGUGAAGACCGAUGAUACCCCAAUGCCCCUGGGCUUCAUGGUGAUUAAUAGUGUCUCGAAGCUAUGUCGGCUUGGAGGUUCCUCUGUGUACACUCUGCCUAAUGCACCAACUCUCGCUGACCUGGAAGAUGACACAGACGAGGAAGGUAAUGGAGACAAACCAGAGAAGCCACACUUUGAUUCUCGUAGUCUUAUCUUUGAAUUAGACCCUUGCAAUGGGAAUGGGAAAGUUUGUCUUGUUUAUAAGCACGCUAAACCAGUUGUCUCCCCAGACACAGAGAUAUGGUUCCUGGACAGAGCUCUGUAUUGGCAUUUCCUCACCAAAACCUUCUCAGCCUACUACCGCCUGCUCAUUACCCACCUGGGUCUCCCACAGUGGCAGUAUGCCUUCACCAGCUAUGGGGUCAGCCCCCAGGCCAAGCAAUGGUUUAACAUGUAUAAACCCAUAACCAUCAACACAGCUCCCCUCUCUGAAGAAGCUGAUUCCUUUGUGAACAAGCUGGACCCCAAUAAGGUAUUUAAAAGCAAGAACAAAACUCUAGUGAUCAAAAAGAAACCACCCUCCCAGCCAGCAGGCUCUCAAAAGAGCCACACGAGCAUGACCUCCUCCAAGACAUCCUCACUAGCUGGGAAUUCUUCAAGGAAGUGAGACCCCCAGAUCUGACCCUGGACAGCAUUUGCAAUAAGCUUUGAUGUUCUCUGAUGGAGAGUCUCAGUGGUUCAGACCAAGUUCCUUGUGCAUGAAUAGAUGUGCCCAUGGAAAACACAUUGCAGCAUUUGCAUGAAAUAUAGCAGGGAGGGAUAUAGGAGGAUAUAGUUCCUGGAGACUCUGAGAAAAAACUUGAGACAUUGAUUUAAUUCCCUUCUGCUACUUGCAGCAUGUACUUUUCAGAGGGCAUGAAGAAGCCCUCGAUGUCACUGCUCUAUAGGGAAGCUGUUAUUCCUGUGCAACUACAGCACUGAAAUGAAAGCAAAUGUAAGUCACUGUUACUUUAAUAGACCCAUGCUGAAAUACAGCAUAUGAAGAUAUUUCUGCCAUCUCCUUUGAAAGAAACCUGUCCUGACCUUGCAUGCUAUGGGAGCAGGCUGGAACCCACUGAACAAAGAAAUAUCUUCCGCUUCAGACAGAAUCAAACUCCGCACUUCCCUGUGCUCCUUCCAACUUCUGCUCUGAGAUUCAUGGUACAAAGGGACCUGGGGCUUCAAUGUCUCUGCAUUGGCCUAGCUGCUUGCUCUACAGCCCAGACCACUCCUUGGCCUUUGUGCUGUAUCUUUUUGG